AUGGGCCAAAGAAUGGUUAAACGACAAGUGAAUGAAGGUCUUGUGUUAUAUACACAAAAAAAUUAUGAAGAUGCAAUUAAAAAAUGGAAAACAGCUAUUCAUAAAAUGAAAGAUAAACAUUUAAAAUUUACUACACUUGGUUAUAUUGCAUCAGCAUGUCGUGAUCGUGGACGAAAUCGUGAUUAUUUAGUAUAUAGUGUUCAACAAAUCGAUAUUGCUCAUGAACUUGAUGAUAAUGUACUUCGUUCACAAGCAUAUUUAAAUUUGGCACGUGCUAAUGAAAUUCUUGCCGAUUAUUUUAAAGCUGUUUCAUAUAGUCGUUCGUCUUUACAACAUGCAUGUUCAAAUGAUCGUAUUCAUGGUUAUGCUUAUCUUGCAAUGGCUGAUGCCUACAUUGGUAUUUGUAAUUUUUCUAAAACAUUAGAAUGUCUUGAUAAAGCAUUAUCAAUUUCUCGUGAUCAUGAUGAUUAUGUAAUGGAAAUACAAGUACUUAGUACAAUGGGAAAAGUAUUUCUUGCAUUAAAAGAUUUUCCAAAAGCAUUAAAAUAUCAAGAAAAAGCACUUCAAUUAGCUAUAUCAAAUGCAAAAUUUUCAACUGAAGAUAAUAUUAAUACGGCAACAAAAUUUGUACGAUUAACAAAAUUAAAAUUAGCUACACCCUAUCGUUUAUUAGGAGAAUAUGAUACAGCAACAAAAUGUGUUGAAGAAGCUAUGAGUGCUGCGAGUGCUAUCGGUGAUCGACCUAUUCAAGCCAAAUGUUUAGUUGUUCUUGGUGAUAUUCAACGAUCAAAGGAUAAUGCUGAAACGGCAUGUAAAAAAUAUCAAGCAGCACUUCCUAUGUUACAAGAUAUGGGUGAUCGUUACGGUUAUACACUUGCAAUGUUAUGUUUAGCAAAAGCAUUGAUCAAAUUAGAAGGUCAACAACAUAUGGCUGUUGAAGUAGUAUCAACAGCUUUGUCAAUUGCUCAAACAAUCGGCAAUAAAUUGAUGCAAGCUCGUUGUUAUUUAUUAAGUGAAAUGAUAUAUUUAUCGGAAAAUCGUUUAGAUGAUGCAAAAAAAGCAUGUGAAUCUAGUUAUCAAUUAUUUAAAGAAAUGGAUUUAUAUUGUAUAUGUAAUCAAUUAAUUGGAUCUCAUCCAGAUACCCUUCAAAUUCUUCCUUGUACACACAUAUUUCAUGAAAGAUGCAUAAUUCCACUAUUACAGAAAUGGACAAUUGAAACACAAAAUUGUCCUAAAUGUAAAAAAGGAUUAAUUUAUAAUAGAAGUUAUGUAGCUUUUUGUUGUGAUUGA